GAUAUAAUUCAGUUGACACCGACCACCUAUUUCAUACGCGCGGAUUUUAGGAACGUGUUCCAAAUUCAAACGGUUUUUCUUUUCUUGCGGCCAGUGCGUGUAAUUUAACUUUUUUUUGUGGAGUGACAGUUGUAUUCCUUUUUUGUUUUUUUGGUUUUUUAUUUUUUUCGUGGUCAAGGUCUGACAUGUGAAAAUGUCUUCACAAAUCCUUACACACACAAUGUACCGUCGAGACUCGAGCGAGACAGACAGACCCCUUGAAAUAGACCAGGAUUUAGACCGAAGUCGCUCGAACAGCCCAAAAAAUAAAUACUAUCGAAGCGGCGACGAGAAAACUAUCAUAAACCAACAGAAAAAAUCAUUUUGCAUCGACGCACUAUUGUCGCGCCACAUAGAGCCAGAAGGUGAUAUGGCAAAUAAAUAUUUGACGUUGAUACAAAACAAGAAUUACAUACGUUAUCAGAACGAGAAUUACGAUGCGCAAAUUGAACAAAACACGAUCAAUAAGUUUCAGGAAAGUGAUAAUUUUGAUCAUAGGGCCGAGACGGAUAGUCCAAAAUCCGGACAAAGCAGUCCAAGGAGCGGAAGUCCUGUUUCUGAAGAUGGAAACCGAUCUGGUAGCUACAGUCCGCCUAUAUCACCCGGGGUCGAAGGUGGAAAUGAAGAGUUUGAGAGUUACAGACCUGGUAUAAUCCCGAAACCAGGGCUAUUACCUCAAAACCCGGCCCUUGUGGCCGCCCAAUCAGCAGCGCUGUUCAACUACCCUCAGUUAUCGCAGCCACUACCCCCCGGGGCUCCUAUGCCGUCCGCGUUCCACCACCCAGGAGACAGGGUGCUUCAUCACAUGCAGCUGGAGUGGUUGGCGCGGACCGGCAUGUUUUAUCACAGAAUACCGGAGCUUGGAGGUGCCCCUCACGCGCUCCUCGGUAAGACACGGCGCCCGCGCACCGCGUUCACCUCCCAACAGCUGUUGGAGCUUGAGAAACAGUUCCGUAUGAACAAGUACCUCUCCAGACCGAAGAGAUUUGAGGUGGCUACCAGCUUGAUGCUCACUGAGACACAGGUAAAAAUAUGGUUCCAAAACCGAAGAAUGAAGUGGAAGCGAUCAAAAAAGGCCCAGCAAGACUCUAAAGGCAAGGAAUCUCACUCGUCACACCAAAACGAUGAUAAACCUAAAGCGAAAGAGAUUCCUUUGCCUGAACCGGAAAAAGCUCAGCAAAUGGCGGCAGAUUUGACCGCUGUCAAACCGGCGGCGAUGCUAGACAGGGACAGAAUUAUUGCGCUAGAAAGAGAGAGAGCUAUCGCGGCGGCAAAUUUCAAUUCGAAUUUGGAAAACAGACGCGGGAUGGUGGUCAUGGGACAAGAUGGCAGACCGAACGAUAUGUUUAGGCCGUAUGUAGUAUGAAAGUAAAUUAUUUUUUUAAUUGAAUUUAUUAAAAAAUAAAAACAUUUUUCAAAUUUGUGAACUUAUGUUUAAAGUUUAUUAAUUUGUUAUUUGUUUACACAAUAAUUGUCUAGACUGUUUAAUUUAUAAUGAGGCUAAAUUAAAAAUCAAUAAAUUUAAACAUAUUUAAAGACCUAUACUAUAUAUAUAACAAUAACACCAAUAUUGUACAUAUACAUAUAUAAAAUAAAAUAUUGUUUACACUGAUUAGGUAUAAAGGAAAAUAUGUACGUUUAUACCUGAUCAAAUUAGAUGAUUUCCCGCCCACCGCCGCUGCUAUACUUUCGACUAGAUUGUUUUUUUGCUUUUUAUCGCUAUAUAAUAUUUAUUUCAUUUCAUUUUUAGGAACUGUAAUGUACCUAAGUAGUUAUUUUGAAUAUGAACUGACGCAGGCCAAAUAUAGUUAAGUAUUGUAUAGUAACAUAGUUUUGACAUAAUUAUAAAAUUGGUAGAAAAAUAUUUUUGCAGUCAAAAACGCUAGGUGUCGCGACAUUACCUACUACUGUUUUAUUUUUAAAUAUUUUUGUUCAUUGCUCACCUUCUACUUAUAAAUAUAUCGUCUUUUUCGUAAAUUGUAAGUAAUAUGAAAGAGAUAUCAAUAAUACACAAAUAAUUUGACAGAAAACCUACAAUGACAAUGAAUUUAAGUGGAAUGGCGCCACAAUUAGUGUUUUUGGCGGAACAAUCUAAAUAUACAAACAUCUCCUGACCCUGACAGUAUUAUUGAGGUAGAUUCAUAGAUGUAUAUGAAGAAGAAGAAUUGUAACGAAAUAAAUUUAAGUUGCAUUUUUAUUGUUAAUUUAUAAGACUUAUUCGUAAUACCUAUUUAUACUUCUAUAAUUUCCAUUAUAUCGUCACAAAUUGUAUGUACUUAGGUAUAUUUUUUUUUAUAUAUUUUAAUUUUGUCUAGUCUGGGCUUAUGUGCAAUUAUAUAUUUACUAAUAAAUAUAAAUUAAAACUUACAAAACCCCUCGACUCCGAUGUUGUUGGCAACUUUCAUCUGCUAGAAAAAAACUGAUGAUUUUCAAUGGGCUGAACCCAUAGUAUAUACCUACCUAUUUGCCAAACAUUAUAGUUAGGGCUAAGGUUAAAAAAUUUUUCACUCAUAGGUAAUUCUUUACGAGUCAAAUCGGAUAUCUACUUUUUUGAAAUGAUGACGACAUUAACAUAUUUUUAAAUGCAAUACCUAUAUUUUCUUAAAUGCCAAUAACGAUUGUAACGUAACCACGGGAAAAUAAACACAGGUUUAUUAUUCCGUGGACGUAACCGAGCUAAAUGGUCUGUGCAGAGUGACGUUGACCUUCAAAUAACAUUUCAGAUAUCAGGUAAUAAAAAUACUUUAAUGUGAAUAAAAUAUAACAUUGAUCAUGUAAAAUUAAAUUCACGUAUUUUGUUUUGUUUUUUUAAUCCUUUUAAAUAAUUUAUUAUUAUUAUUUAUAGUGAAAGAUAACCUAUUUAUUUUUGUGUAUGUCUUUAUUUAGCUACGUGGAUCCUUAAUUAUGGGUCCUACUAUAGUUUAUAUAAUAAAAAUAUGAAAUAAUGUAUUUAUACUUAAAGAUGUAAAAAUAUGCAUAUUAAAUAGAUAAUAGUUAAAGGUAAGCAUAGUGAAUAAUUAAAAUUAUGAAUAAAUGACUAUGAUUGAUACUAAUAUAGAUAAACUUAUGUAACGAUUUUAAUUUGAAGAAUUAAGUCAUUAUUUUUAGUAACCAAACAGGCCUAUACAUUGCAGUGGGUUGAUAGGCCUGUUUUUAGAAAGAAAAAAAAAUAAAAACAAUUAAUUUAGUCACAACAAAUUCAGUAUUAUAAAUUGCAAUGUUACACAUACCUAACUAAAUUUGUUCCCGCUCAGUUUAAUGCCAAGGCCGCGACGCUGGUCUUCCGUGGGUACCAUAGACAAACUACUACAAACUAAAUUAAAAAUUAAUAUAAAAAAUAAUAUAUUUUUCGCGCCACUUCCUCCGGUCCUGUGCGUGCCAUGCCAGUCUCAUCUCAUCCACCGCUUUCCCGUGAUCCAUCGAAAGUCUCCUCUUCAAAAAAAAAAAAUUAAGCACAUUCUUAAAACUAAAAUCGUGACACACAUAUUUAUGAAGACACUGUGAGAAAAAUAUAUUUAUUUUUUUUAAGUUCUCUGAAUAACACAAAGGAUAACCUGGCUUGGUGGGGUAUGCUUGACCAGGCUCUUCUUAACAUGUGCGAUUGUGGAUUCUCCCCACAAUCGAUGGCUCAUCUCCUCGCCUGUCCCGAGUGUCCACACACCUGUACUCGGGCUGGGUUGAUGGCAGCUUCCGAUGAAGCAAUCGAAGUGGCUCGUGCUCUGGCAAGAAUAAUAUUUAGCAAUAUAUCGUUGUAGAUUUGCUAUCGACACGCAAUGAAGAAGAACACAAAGGUUGACUGUUAGAUAAUGGUUAAGCAUUAAGUCUAAAAAUUGUGCGUUUAAUAAUUUUAUUUACAAUAAUUGAUACACAAAAACAUAUUAAUAUUAAAAAUAUGAAAUAUGGAACUUCUUUCAUAUUAAAACGAAGCAUUGAAUAGUGCUGAUUUCUGGUGUUAAAUGUUGAAGAGCCUCGUACAACUAGCAAAUAUAAUAUAGCCUGCCUGUCAAGAAACUAAAGAAUUUAACUGAGGUCCUGUCUCCUGUUGGCCGGCAACACUGUUCAUCAACCAAUCUCGACGAUUAUAUUUGGUAUUGCAAUGGCAGAAAAAUGUAAUUCGACAAUAAUCAGUUUUCUUCACUCUCUGACAGACUGACAGACUGUAAAUUAUGUAUUCAUUUUGUUGUUUUCGAUAUGUAUCUGUGUACUAAUUAUAGUUUACCGUAUCUAAGUAAAGCAACCUGUAAAGCUAUGUUAACUUAUUUUAUAAAAGCUAUGUGGUAUACAAAAUAUAGUCAUUAUGU